GCGCGCUCCGCGCUUCCGCCCGCCCGCCGCCAGCGCCGGCGCCAUGGCGGCGAAGGGGGCCGCGGCCGGCGCCGGGGUGCUCCUGGUCACGGCCAACGUCGGCUCCCUCUUUGACGACCCAGAAAACUUACAGAAGAAUUGGCUUCGGGAGUUUUAUCAGGUUGUACAUACACACAAACCCCACUUCAUGGCUUUACACUGUCAAGAAUUUGGAGGAAAAAACUAUGAAGCUUCCAUGUCUCAUGUGGACAAGUUUGUUAAAGAAUUAUUAUCAAGUGAUGCAAUGAAAGACUACAACAGAGCUCGAGUUUACCUGGAUGAGAACUAUAAAUCACAGGAACAUUUUACGGCUCUAGGAAGUUUUUACUUUCUUCAUGAAUCUUUGAAAAACAUCUACCAGUUUGAUUUUAAAGCUAAGAAGUAUAAAAAGGUUACUGGGAAAGAAAUCUACUCAGACACUUUAGAAAGCACGCCCAUGCUGGAAAAAGAGAAGUUUCCACAGGAUUAUUUCCCUGAGUGCAAGUGGUCCAGAAAAGGUUUCAUUCGAACAAGGUGGUGUAUUACUGAUUGUGCCUUUGACUUGGUAAACAUUCAUCUUUUCCAUGAUGCUUCCAAUUUAAUUGCUUGGGAAACAAGCCCAUCGGUUUACUCAGGAAUACGGCAUAAGGCUCUUGGCUAUGUACUUGAUAGAAUUAUAGAUCAGCGGUUUGAGAAAGUUUCAUAUUUCGUCUUUGGAGAUUUCAAUUUUAGACUGGAUGCCAAAGCAGUAGUAGAGACACUAUGUGCGAAGGCUACAAUGCAGACUAUCCGGGCAGCUGACACAAAUGAAGUAGUCAAGCUAAUAUUUCGUGAAUCUGAUAAUGACAGAAAGGUUAUGCUACAAUUAGAAAAGAAGCUUUUUGACUAUUUUAAUCAAGAUGUUUUUAGAGAUAACAAUGGCACUGCGCUUUUAGAAUUUGACAGAGAGCUGUCAGUCUUUAAAGACAGAUUGUAUGAACUGGACAUCUCAUUUCCUCCCAGUUAUCCAUAUAGUGAGGACUCCAGCCAGGGAAAGCAGUACAUGAAUACGAGAUGUCCAGCCUGGUGCGACAGAAUCUUGAUGUCCCACUCAGCCAAGGAGCUCAUUCUGAAAUCAGAAAAUGAUGAGAAGAUAGUAAUAUAUGACCACAUUGGGCCAAAUGUCUGUAUGGGGGAUCACAAGGAAAAAGAUGCCUACGAAAUGAGAAGAUUUUCCGUGAAACUACACUGUAGCAAGGAGAGGAAGGAAUGCACAGUAUACUGAAAUACAUAAUCGUAACAACUGUAUCAAUAAAUCCAGUCCUGAGUGCCACAUUUUUAGACUGCUGAUCGUACACUAUGCUUCAGCAUCUGGACUCUGUUCGAGAAAAGCCUCACAUACCUCACUGUCUUGUAUGUUCAUGUGACAUCAAGUAGAAAUGUGGAAUUAUUUUUUAUAUAUAUGUCACAAUUCUGUUGCCAAAACUCUAAAUAGACAGCAGAGAUGUUAUGUAUUUUAGAUUUCACAACCUUCAACUUUUAAUAAGUGUUUGUCAAUGUGGAAAAGCUAUUUCAGCAUAUUAUAAACUUUUAAAGGUGUCAUGCCUAACAUUAUAUAUCUUUACCACUUUGGGGUUUUGUACAUUGGAUUGUAUAGAUAGAGAUAUCGAUGGUUUUAAAUGGUAUUUUCAUUGUCAACCAAGGAUUUUGGUUUGAGUUUUAGUUUUAGUUUUUUGUUUUUUCAUUUUUAUAUUUUUUUCUUGUUAUUUACUAUACUGCCAUGUUACAUGGUUUUUGAAUCACACAGCAGCUGCUUUCUAUACAUACAUAUAUAUGUGUGUGUAUAUAUAUGUAUGUAUGUGUAUAUAUACACAGAUAUAUAAAUAAUUUAUAAACCUGACCAAAACUUAUGCUAAAUAUACUUUCCAAUAUGAAUGCUUGAGAGUGCCAUAUCAGCAGUUAGUGUUGGAGUCUUAGCAGGUUUAGUUAAGUGUACAUCAACAACCAACAUUUAUAUAAUAAAUAAUAUAUAGCAGUGCCAUCCUGGAUACAGAUAUAUAGCUUACUUAUAUAGCACAUAUAUUAGCAGUUUCACUUUGUUACUCCUAUAAUCCCUUCUUUCUAUGUAAUAUUAAGGAUUGAAUGUGAAGUUCUUAGCUAGGUUUGGGUGUAACUUUCCAGAAUUUUGUAAACUGUUUUUGUCUGUCUUUUGUUACUGUUUUAUGGUGCCAAGUAUUCUAUAUUAAAACAUAACAACAUGGGAGAAGAAAAUAAUAGUCUGCUUCAGGUAGCAACUGUAUUGGGCACAGACUGUAUUCAUACAGUGUUAAAGAAAAAAAAGAAAGACUGUAAAUUUUCCUGGUUAGUAGCUCAGUGCAGCCUACGAUAUAAUCUUGUUUCUCCCACCACUAAAUACAACAUUAAAAGGUGAUUAGGGAGUCUGUUGAUGAAACACAAAUGUAUGUUUUAUUGAUUUAAUUUAGAACACUACAGAGUUCAUGGACUGCGUGAUGGCAUUAGAUUGAUGCUUGAUUUUGGUAUAAAUCACUACCAUUGAAAAUGAUUUGAUGUCUGCUUGCAGAAUGUUUUCUCAACAGUACAGUCUGGGUUUGUAUUAAGUACUGUUGCCCAAAGGGUGUCUGCAGCUCUGUAUUGUUAUUGUGCCAUGUUGCAUUAUAACCACACAGUAAUUCUAUUUAAGCAAACUCAACUCAUGGUAACUUUGAAGGCCUUUAGAAAUGAGUACUCUGGUUCUCAAGCAAUAAAACUGAUCAUGGUGAA